CGGCGCGAAAGUCUUUCUACUUUAUUUCACGUUGCUGCUCUCAGGCUUUUCCAGGACGCUGGUGUGUUCACUCCCUCCGACUCAGGAAGUCGGCGAGAGGGGCCGUCGAGAGCCAAAAGGCCUCCGAGGCCUGCGCCUGGAGGUAGGGUUGGUAGCAAUGUGGUCGGUACGGGCCUAUACUCGCAAGAAGCGGGCUGGCCAGAGGCUCAACCUGACCCCGACGCCGGACCUAGCAACCCCCGCGAAGGCGCAGGUCCCGCCAGGCCUGAAGGGGAAACGCAAAGCUCAAGGUUUGCUGAAGAUAUCGGAGGGAACCGAACAGAGCGGGCAGGCAAGGAGCGGCGCUGAAUCGCCCAGCACUCAGUUAAAAGUUACAGGAGAGAAAAGUCUGCAAGAAAAUAGCACUGGUGAAGAGACGGAGGAUGAGAAGAUAGCACCAUUGAGUGAAUCAGUGACUGAUGACCUUCAGGUUGACAGUAGUUCAUCAAAUAGUGAACUAGUUUCAGGACUAAGUCUACAGCAUGAUAUUUCCAGUUCUUUUCUGAGCUAUUCAAUCAAGGACUCCUACACAGAGUGCAACAGUUCUGAAGAGAGUUUAAGUAGCUUCCCAUCACCUGAACGCUUCAGAGGAUCAGGUUAUUUAGAUUGGGAGUGUACCAAGUUGGAAGAACAUAUGCAGUGCAGGAAUUCUACCCUUCUGGAUACAAGUAAAGCAGUAGCAGUAGAGAAGGCACUACAGUUUUCAAAUCUCUCUGCAAUUUUAGGUACCUCUCCAGAAGAGUAUCAGAAAUGGAAUAGAAAAACAGUGAUGACAUUAGCAGGCCAAAAUAUUUCUCCAGAACCCAAGACUACUUCAAAUUCAGAAUCAGAUCCUGCAGCUUGUGAAGUUUAUCUUCCUGAGAAAACUUGCCCUCCAAACCCUGAAAAAACAAAGAAAAAAAUAACAAAUUCCACUAUUCCUGAUAAGAAAAGUAGAGGCCUGUUAACAAGUACUCCAUCUUCACAUACUGGUGGUUUUGUGAUUGAUUUGUCCUCAGUGCAAAAAGCAUCUUUAGAAGAAGAACUGUUUCCAAAUGUCAGCAAUUAUGUUAAUUCACGUGAAAUUGUUCCUAUGUCAAGUUCGCAAGAAAAUACUUCAAAUGAGGUUCCUUCAAAUACGUCAGAAAUAUGUUGUAUUGUUAGAGCAUCACCAGGAACUAGACAAGUGAAAAUUAAAGGUGUUACUGUAAAGAAGAAGAAAUAUUCUUCUUCAAAAGAUAUUCCUCAAGAGCCAGCCUUGAGCAUCUAA